ACUAAAAUACUGAAAAACCGCGAGUUGGCAUCACCGUUCACUAUUUGGUGCACAAGCACCGGUUGCCAAUAUAAUUAUAAUUACUUUUACACAAAUAAAACAAGCAAAACAACGGCAAUCAAACACUGCGACAGGCUAAUAAUAACCGCCAGAGAGGGGCGCAGCGCAAUUCGAUCAACAACGAGGAAGAGCUGUUGGAAAAGCGAUAAAUAACUGGAGGAAAAUGGACCUGCUGGACUCGAUACUGAAUGCCAUGGACGCUCCGCCAGCGGCGGACGAGCGGCAGAAGACACUCAUUAAAAAGCAGCGGGAAAUGAUGGAACGCAUGCAGAACAAACAAAAGGAGGAGUUGCUCCGCUUCAGAAAAUAUGUUGAAGAAAGAAUGGGGCGGUUCGCCAAGGACGACAGACUGUGCAUCGAGUUCCAGCCACUGGACAAGCUUCAUCGAUCUGUGAUCCACGAAAUAGCCGAAAACGGCGGCUUCAUAGCCAUGAGUUUCGGCCGUGAGGACGUCGAUCGACAUUCGGUGGUUUACAAAAAGGAAAACGCUCCCAGCGAGGAUGAAGUCACGGCUCGACGUAAUGGUGAAGGCUGGAACGCGGAUAUAGCCAAAGAAUACGCAGAGCGGCGAAAAGAUCGAUUGGCCCAAGAGCAAAUCGACAAGGAGGCCGCCACCUCCGAAGCUGGUUCCUCUUCCACAUCCAGCGAUGCGAACGGUGGCGAGGUGAAACCCACAAGCAAUUACAAGGCCAAGUAUGCCCACCUAAUCGGUGAGUCGGCUGCUUUACAAGCAGCCCGCAAAACGGAGACCAACCAAAGCUAUGGAUUCGUGCCCAGCAAGAACAAGAAGGACAUGCGAUCCAUCGAACAGACGCUAGCCGAUAUUCAGGCAAAAAAGCGCCUUCGCCUUCAACAGCAACAGGAACAAGAGCAAGUGCAUCAACCAGAGGCCUCGACAUCGACAGCAGAAGAUCCGUGAAAAUGCUAGGACAUAAUUAGCGCAUACAUAGAUCGCUCGCUUAAUGCAAACUCGUAGAUCAAAAACUAAGAUAUUUUAAACUAAUGGUGCGGAUAUAUCUCGGUGUUUUAGUCUUCUAAUUUUUUCAAAUGUUUUUCAACCGUUCUUACACUUAAUUUUUGUUUUAAACUAGAGCCGAACUAGAGAAAUUUAUUUUUAAGCGUAAAAAGUUCUACUCAUUGAAAAUUUUAAUUCCUAUUUUAAAUAUUAUUUUUUAUAAUUUAAUGCAGAGUUUUUUCUGUAAUAGUUUAUUGAAAAGUGUGACAAAUUUUUCGUUAAAGGUUUAAAUAAUUUGUAUAAACUUGAAUCCCGUUUUCAUAAUAUUUAAAAGAAUUAUUUUGUGAAAUGCGAGUGGAUUGAAAGCGAGCGAGAUUAUUUUUGUUGGUUUUGAUUAGUCACAUGCAAGGUCGCCGACUGCCAUGUAUUCGUAAGAAUUAAGCAAUAUAGUUUGUUGGCCAAUUAGGAUGCGAGCUGUGGAACUGUUUAGGAUAAGUUAUGUAUCCACAGCUGUCUCCAAUUCGCAAUAUCUAUUUAUAUAAUAAAACGAUAGAAAAAGACUGUUGCGUUCUAUAGAUUUAAAUUAUUUUUGAAAAUGGUCCCUCCCUUGAAAAAUACCAAAAAAUUACAUCGCCUGGUAUUUUAUUUUUUCUUGGCAUUCCCACCACGUGUUGCUAGAUCGAGGGAGAAAGAAUUAUAAAAACUUCAAAUAAAAAUGAUUUCCACGAAAGAAAUAAGUAAAACCGAAAUUCAACUAGAUGGCACUUACCAUGUCAAGCUCUGAAAGAUAGUCAUUAAACAAAGAAAUUUGGAAAUAUGUUUCUCGGAAACCUUGACAUUUUCUUUGAAAUCCCACAGAGGUGUCUUAGGUUGAGACUUCUGGGGACCAUAAUAGAAUCUUCCUAAGAAGACUGUUUUCUUGAUCUAACUCAAAAGAACUAUGGGAAAAUGGUUUAGAUAUUUGUGGUAACAAACCAAACGUUUUUAAACAUUCUUAAUUUUAUGGCAAGAAUAAAAAUGAAAGAAAGUGUGAUCUCAACUACCGACGAAUACUUCAAUAUUUGUUGUAUCGUUCUGGACCGAACCAAAAAUAUGGACUGAUUGGAUCCAGAUUUAAAAGCAAAUCUUUUAAAGUUCUAAUAAACAAAAUUAAAAAAUGAA